UGAGAGAGAGGCUGGAUGCCAGCAGCUGUGUGAGUGAGUAACAACAGCAGGCAGAGAGACGCUGAACACAGACAGGAUGAUAUCUAAAUUAUAGCUUUCUGCAAUUGUCUCCUGACCAGACUGGAGCUGUAUUUUGUAUAUUUUCUAGGUAUAGAACAAACAAAAAAGAGUUUUCUUCACUGUUGGUUUUUGUGAGAAGAAACUGUGAAGAAAAAUGGAUUUAUUCAUCAUCUUUGAUCAUUUUUGUUGCAGAUAAACAGGAUAUUUUUCCACUUGUUUUUGAAAAGAAAACAGUUUUGAAGUAAAUUCAAAUUAUUAUUAUUAUUUUUAUAUAUAUAGUGAUUUUUUGAAAUGUCCGUUUAGCCAUUAGAUUAUUUUACUUGAGAUCAUCAUGAUGCUGGCUCUGCUUCUGGUUCUGAGUCUUUGCUCUGAUGCUCGCUCCUCCGAGCCAUCAUCGAUAACUAUCCAGUACCGGGUCUGGGAGGAGCAGCCGACGGGAACCCAGGUCGGCCGCCUGGUGGACGACCUCCGGCAGAGGGACGAAGGUGGCCCUCUGGAGGAUUUCCAGGUGGUGGAGCACGGGAAAGCCCUUCCCUUCUCCGUCAGCACUCGGGAUGGGGUCGUCUCCACCCAGGGCCGGCUGGACAGGGAGGAGCUGUGCCGCGGGUCGGACCUGUGCGAGCUGGCCUUCAGCGUCCUCUACAGGAAAAGUGGUGCUGUGAACUGCCUGCGUGUCCGCGUGGAGGUGAUGGACCUGAACGACCACAGUCCCAGCUUCCCCAGCACGCUGCAGGAAGUGGAGAUCUCAGAAACAGCCGGCCUGAGGAUGCGAAUCCCUCUGGACCGGGCCAUGGAUCCUGAUGCGGGGCCCAAUGGACUCCAAACCUACUCGCUGUCCGUCAACCAACACUUUGCUCUGGAUGUGACAGUCGCACCAGGUGGGACGAAACAGGCUGAGCUGGUGGUCAUCAGGGAAUUGGACCGGGAGGUUCAGGGCACAUUCGACCUCACCCUGAUGGCUUGGGAUAAAGGGAACCCCCCCAGGUCUGGGAGCACAUUAGUCCGUGUUAAUAUUCAGGACUCAAAUGAUAACAGCCCCACGUUUGAGGACAGCACUCCCACUGUGGAGCUUUCUGAGGACACAGCCCGUGGGACAACCAUCAUCAACCUCAAGGCCACCGACCCCGACCAGGGCGCUAACGGGGAAGUAGAGUACUUGCUCAGUAAGCACACACGUCCUGAAGUUCAGAGACUCUUUUAUGUGGAUCCAAAAUCUGGAGCAGUGAGCCUGAAAGCCCCUCUGGACUACGAGGCUCAGCCCUCUUAUGAAGUCAUCAUACAGGCACGAGAUCGUGGGCCCAACGCGAUCCCCACGCACUGCAAACUGCAUGUCAAGCUAAGAGACGUAAAUGAUAAUGCACCGAGGAUACACAUGACCUGGACGCCACCCAACUCUCCUGUGGCGACCGUGCUGGAGGGAGCGCAAGAGGACACAUUCCUUGCUCUGGUGAUGGUCUCUGAUGCAGAUUCAGAAGACAACGGUAAAGUGAGAGCACGCAUCCAGCAAGGAUCUGGUCCUUUUCGCCUUAAACGGAUCCACGGUGACAAUUACAUGAUCGUAACCAACGGCAGCCUGGAUCGAGAGAAGGUGAUGCAGUAUAACAUCACAGUCCUCGCUCAGGAUUACGGGGAUCCGCCGCUGUCUUGCGUUAAACACCUGCCUGUCCAUGUCCUGGACGAGAACGACAAUGCCCCCGUGUUCUCCAGUGGUCUCUACAAGGCGUCCUUAAAGGAGAACAACGUGGCCGGCUACCACGCUCUGAAAGUUGAUGCCCAUGAUGUUGACCUGGAGUUCAGCGGAAGAGUUUCCUACUUCAUACGAAUCCACAACGAGGUGGAAACCAACUCUCAGUCUUUUUCCAUCCACCCAACCAGCGGCAUCAUAAGCGUCCAGCGUCCUCUUGACUACGAGGAAUCCCGGUCCUACUCAUUCACGGUGGAAGCUGUGGACCAGGGUCACCCGCCUCUCACCAGCACAACCUCGGUGCAGAUAGACGUCCAGGACGUGAACGACAACUACCCAAUCAUCAAGGAGCCAAAACCAAGAAAGGGCGUGGCUUCUUUAAGUGUACCUGUCAAUACGGACAAGGGGGAGAUUGUGACUGAGCUUGGGAAUGACAUUGAUGAAGGAUCCACCCCUCUACCCAUCAAUCCCUCAGUCAGAGACGGACUUGUUGGGUUCCUAGCAUCCACCAUAAAGGCAGAGGACCCAGAUUCAGGGUUAAACGGACAACUCAGCUACCACAUCACUGAUGGAAACCCAUACGGACUGUUUUGGUUGGACGAGGCAACAGGUCAGCUCUUUGUUAACACCACAAACGCCACUGAGCUAAUUGGGAAAACCUUUAAGGUGGACAUUGCCGUGUCCGACAUGGGCAGCCCCAGCUUGACCACCAAGGCGACGCUAGAAGUGACAUUCAUUAAUCUCAAGGACCAUCUAAAGAACUCAUCACCUGGUACCCGCGGACAGCUCAGCUUCACCAUGAUGAUGGCGAUCUGCCUGGGCGCCACCUGCCUGCUGCUCCUUUUAGCCAUCGCUUUGGUGACAACAUUCUGCCGCCCGGAGAAACGGGACAGCCGGGCGUACAACUGCAGGCAGGCUGAGUCAACCUACACUCGUCACCCUCGUCGCCCGCAGAAGAACAUCAGGAAGUCAGACAUCCAACUAAUUCCCGUUAUAAGAGGCCGAAAAGAGGAUCCUCCUGAGGAUGAUAGUGAGGCCACGCCACUGGCUCCGCCUCCAGUGAUGUCAGAAGAUCAACAAUACACUUUAGCGCCUUCAGUCAUGAACACAAGCUUCCAUUCUCAAGGGUACCCGGAAGGGGAUGCCACUCUGCCCGCCACGCAGCACUCCAAAACGCUUCGGAAACCUGGAACCAUCGAACUUGAUGGCACUUUGCCUCUGACGCCUGCCACCUCCUACCGGACUCUUCGUAAAGCCAGGAACCCUUCGUCAUCCUCUUCGGCAUCGUAUUCAAGCACCUUGAAGCGUCAGAACCGCACAGAAGGGGAGGAGCCAACGGCGGAACCGCUGAUUUCUGGCUCCCAGGCGACUCUCAGGAGGCCAAGGACCUCGGAGGGACGAAUGGGGCAGGACGCAGAACAUCGGCAGAUGCUUAGAAACCUGGUUCGACUGUCCAUGGCGGCGUUCGGAGACUCCAUCGAGCUUUCAUCAGCUUCACCAGAAGUGCAGCAGAUCUCCCAGCUCCUCUCUCUCCUCCGGCAGGGUCAGCUGCAGCCCAGGCCAAACUUCAGGGGGAACAAAUACUCUCAUCGCAGAUAUGGAGGUCAGGACUGUUCUGAUUGGCAGAGCACCAAAGACAGCGGACACGGUGAGAGCGAGGCUGGAGACAUGGACUGGGAGCCAGGACGAGACUCACCCAUAGACCCACAGCUGGAGGAGGGACUCAACAACCUGCUCAACAACCACGAUGACGUGUUCUCGGAGGUCACUGACCCGUCCUGGAUGGCCCGACUGUCUCUCCCACUCGUCAGUGAUUACCACGACAACGUUUUUGUCCCCAACGCGCCUCCGUCUCCUGAAAGUGAGCUCCUUCCCCGGGACGCCCUGGACUCCUCGUCCUUCUCCACCUUCGGUAAAACUCCGGAGAAGGACGGCCCACUGGGCGGCGCCCUCCUGUCUGAGGUCAGCACGCUGUUUGAGAUGCUGAUGACGCAGAAGGCCGACGCCCACCCCGGCCCGCGGCCCGACGUCCUGUACCGACUCUCUGCAGCGUACCGGCGCUCUCUGGGCCUGGACGCCGCCACCGCCACGACUGCAGCGGGAAACGCACCAAAGACCUCUGAGAAGAGGCCGGGCCUGGCUGCACCCUCAGGACUCUAUCAGUAAAGUCAACACUGGAACACUGGAAAAGACUUCUUCUGCGUCUGAAGAAAAUGUUGGGAUUUUAUAGGCAUUAUGGGAGAAAAUACUUAAAUAUGAUUUAAAUGUAAAUAGUGCAACGAUGAAACAUGUAGAAUCAGAACUCCAGUAUAACAGAUGCUUCAGUCUCAACACUUCUGUGCCAAAGAGAAGACGCAAAGAAGACGUUCUUUUUACAUACAUUUGACAGUUUUUUUUUUUUUUGCUUUUAUAGUCCUCAACGUUUCACACAUAAAGACUCAAGAACUGAAGCGAUGUGAUUGUAGACUGACGAAGUUUUGACUGUAUGCAAAUGUUCUCUUAUGCCUGUCACGCACAACCAAAAGGGCUCGUUUUGAUCCCUAAAGAAAUCAGUUGUUUUUUUGAGAUUUAAACAAAACGGAGAGAAAUGUUAUCAUGGCAGUGAAAGGCUACUGGGAGUUGAAACAUAAAACUAUGCAUGAAAACAGAUCGCUACUUCUUCUCAAUGCUAGCACAGCAAAAAACUAUAGACACAGUCAGCUCAUUCCCCAGCAAUAAAUGUUGCCAUUCUAAGUUUCUGCAAACCACAGAUAUAUUAAUAUGAGACAUAUAUUCUAAACCCUUCAGCGCCUGUAUGAGAUGCUUAACCCUCUAGGGUCCAUGAAAUCACCGGCACAUUACUUCUUCAUGACAUGAAGACAUAAAAAUGAAGCAACGUGGAGUCUUGCCAUCAGCUUCCCUCUAAAAUUCUGGCUUGAAACUCCAUUUUUGGAUUAUAUUUGGCCAAGUAAAACCAGAGAUAAUGUCAAAUAUAUUUAGUAUAAAAAUAUAGAACUAGAGAUUAUCCUAAUUUUACCUGUUAUAUGUAAUAUUUUCAACCUGUGUUCAUAUUUGCAACAUUUAAAAUUCUGUGUAUUGAAAUAUCAUUUUCAAGAUCAGAUUUUAUGUUUUCUUUUGUUUCUUUUGGGUUCAACAUUUUUAUCAAGUAAGUCAAAGUUAAAAAUUAAUUAUCAGGACAUAUAGGUGAGGUAACGCUGAAAAAACUGUUACCAACAUGGCAUGAUGAAGAUUUUUUAACAGAUUUUUUAAAGGACAUAAUAGCCAAAGAUUUCAGAGGGUUAAAGCUUUCAACAAUCUCCAGCAUAAAGUCAUCCGUAUCAAACAUUAGAAGCUUAGAACAAGUCAUCUAGAAGUCAGGAGAUGUAGUCUAACAAGUGUCAGACUGAGGUGGACAGACACUGUGGGGUUUUUUAGUGUCCCGAGUGAAAGUGAAACAAGACAAACAUACUUCUUUUAACCUGCACUACGGUCUUUUCCUUAAUAUUAAGUAGUUUUUAUUUGAAUUCACAACAUUAACCUCAAAAAAUGAUGCCAAAGUGUAGAAGAGUAUGAAAUGAGAGAGGAUUGCAGCAUUUAUGAAAUGUUGAGAUUCAUUGUGUCUGUCUGUGGUUUGCAGAAAUGUAACAUUUAAUUCUGGUGACUUGGUGUGACUCAGUCUUCACCUCCUACAGUGACUGUGUUCGUGUGUCUUUCCUCCCAUUUUAAGGUUUGUCACAGCCUCUAAUUUUCAUUAAUGAUCUGACAUUUAAUUGGCAAGCUGCAGGAAAAAUAUCAGGGGUGUGAAUUUUAAUCUGAAGAGUAGAUGUUUAGAGAUUUUUUUUACUUUGGCUCAAUGAUUCCAAAGACUUAUAACCCUUCAGACCGGUGCAUGGAUGCAGAUGUGUUGAAAAUAUCCUGUUAAAAUGGUGCUACUGUACAGUUCUUGCUGCCUUUUUUACUGUCAAUACAUCUAGAAGCUUUAGUAGCUUUUAUUAAGGUAUUAAAAACUGCAACUCAAAGACAUCAGGUGUAGUAGAAGGAGAAUGGAAGGAGAAAUGUAGACUAGAGAAGAGAAACUGAGAAAUGCUCGAGACAAAUUUAUAGUACAGUGGAGGAAAAAUGGACAAUGAUGUGAAGGAAAACAGGAAGUGAAGAAGGAGGAACUUUAGCGACAGUAGAAAUUAACAUUAAUGUUGAAUCAGAAAGCUGAAAAAUCUAGUUUUCUUGUGGACUUCAUCCUGUUUGGACGUCUGAAUCGCCCGUCAGGACGUAGUAAACUUGGCGAUCAUUCUGUGUUUUGAUCGGCAGAAAGUGAGCCGGCGGGCAAAAGGAAACGCUGCUUUGUCUUUUUGUUUUUCCUCAAGACUAAACAGAAACAAGCUGAAUGCAGGGAGAGAAAAGUGUUUGUUGACAGUCGAGAAGCUCAGCCCUGAACGUUGAUUACUCAAAGAUUAUAUUUGUGCUUUUUCCAGCAGGAUUUUAAAUUAUAGGUAGCAAUAACUCUCCACUUCUCUCGCUUAAGUUAUUGGUUUACCUUCUAUCCAAAGUUGUUUUAUUAUCCUUUUUUUGUUUGUUUUUACUUACCAGAUGAACAGCACUUUGUACAUAGUCUUUUUGUAUCAAGAAAACUUUUGUGAAACAUUUUUAUUGAAUGUUAGUUUUGUAACUUUUUCAUUAAACUGUGUAUCAUGUUUAAACUGA